GCGACUGCACUCCCCCGUCUAUACUCUCUGCAACCCAUGCCUUCUGUUCCUGUUAGCUAAUUUUGUUUUUCCUUCCUCUAUUUAAUCUGCUCCAGCUCCUCUGUUUUUCUCACUCCCUGCAUCAAAUGGAGGAAAUGGUGAAGAGGUGCCAGGUUCCUGCAUUUGGUCACUGGAACUGGAGCUUCUAUGAUGAAGACAUCCCAAUUUCUCAGUACUUUGAGUCCCGUCUCUUUGGAGGAGAUCAUGGUGGGGAUCUGUUUAAGGUGCUGUCACCAUGCAAAGAUCAGAAAAAGCAAGAAGGGAAGAUGAUGAAGUCUGUGAAGGAGAAGAAGAUUGGGAGGAAGGACGAUGCUGUUGAUGAAGAUCUCUACAAGAUACCUCCAGAGAUCCUUUAUCAAAUGCCAAAGAAGGCAAUAAUUAUAGCAUUAGUAUAUUCUAUUUCUUAUUUUCUUCUUCUGAUUUUCAGUUUUGUUGUUCUUCUUUUCUUUUCUUUUCUUUGCAGAAAAAGAGAUGGAAUUUUUGCUCAGUUCUCCUCUGCCUCAGUUGCAUUGCAUGACUGGGAUCAGAGAUUAAGGAAAUGGCUUCCUGAUCAGAGUUCUGGAGUUUAUGUUUUUGUUUUCUUCUGUUUUUUCUCCAUGCCAACUGAAUUCCAAGAAAUGUAUAACUUAAACCCUGAAGAAAAGGCUAUGAACUAUCUUGAAUUGGAGAAUUUUAGUUCAAGAGAGGUUGGCAUGAAAAAAGUGGCAGAAGAAACAAAAUUAAAAAAUCAAAGUGCCCUUUUCCUUUGA